UGCACCUGUGCUUGGCUGUCAGACAGCCCAAAGACUCAGCAGAGGAACAACACCCCCGUGACAAAGGUUCACCGCGACACCAGACAAGGGACACUGAAUGUCAAGGCAGAGGAGGAAUGGAAGAAAGCUAUGAGACAUUUGAGGAGGAGUUAUGGCCACCGAGGGCAGACGCUCCUCCACAGAGACCUGUUCGACAGAUCCGCAGAGCAAGUGGAGAGAUGUACACUGCAAGGAAAAUCAGAGAGGAAGUGCCUCCUGUUCCUCUGCAACCAAUAUCAGAACCUAAGACCCUAACAAGAGAACCCAGCUUCACCAAACCUACAACCUUGCACAAAACCUUGUCCAUCCAGAACCUGACUCAGGUAGAGACCCCUUGGGAGAACGUCACUCUCAACCGCUGUCUUUUUGUUGCCAUCGCCAUUCUGGUGCUCACCUCAGGCUUUCAGAGACUCCAUGAGACUUUACGCAGCCAAGGAGCAAUGGAAGAAGAGGAGGAAGCUGGACUAACAAUGAGACGAUCAAGAAUGUUACGUCACAGAGGGCAUCUGCCCGAGCCGGAGACGUCUCUGUGGGAAGUCAUGUUUUGGUGGCUGCCAGACCUCGACGAUGAAGACGAAGAGGAAGAGGAUGACGACGAAGAGAUCAAAGGCAGAAAAUCAAAGAGGGACGUAACAACACGACCAUCGAGAGGUCUCAGGAACAGGCCGCUGCCAGAGAAAAAACUCUUAAAGCAAAGAGACGGGAAAUUAAGAGACAGAAGAGCCAGGAAGGCCAGAGCCAACAAAAUCAAAGGCAAGAGAGGACGAGCGAAGAAAGAGGACCCUGAAGGGGCAGCGAACGAAGAGGAUGAAAGAGACGAGGAGACAGAGCCAAAGAAGAAUAAGUUAGAUGAGAAAUAAAAUAAAAAGCAGAGGGGAUUUUUAGCCUGCUUUCAAAGCACAUCAAAUAGUCUCAAAUGUAUGUUUAUUCAAGUAGCAGAAGAUGAUCAAUGUAAAGUUUUACAGCCCAAUGUAGCUUCCUUGGAAAGGUGUUAAGCCUUGGAAGCAUGUUAAGGCAAAAAUUAAAUCUCUUACUUGCCUUUUUGUUUGAGGAGACAUGUAAUAAAUCCUGCUUGGGCCAUCACAGUUAAAAAUACACUGAAAGUUGCUUAACUGA